AUGAAAGAGACUAAUACUCAAGGAGAAGUCUUCAAGAGUAACGGAAACACAAUUUCUGUGAAAAAGUAUGCACUUUCUUCUGAAGAACGGAACAAGCUUAUUUCUGUGAUACAUAAAGCUCUAAAUGAUCACAACCAUGUUAUUGAGGAUGACAAGCUACAGUUGGUUAUAAACACAAUCAUGAAACAAUAUGUAGAUGUCUUGAGUGUUGGUUCUGCCAUAACAUGUGAAAGCAAUCAAUGGUGGAUUGGAGGCUUUCGUCCUUCUCAAAUUCUUCAGGUUAUCCUGCCUCAACUUCAACAUAUGUACACCAAGCAACAACUAUGUGACAUUUAUAAUCUUGGACAAUCAUGUCAACAAGCAGAAUAUGCUCUUGCACAAGGCUUGGUAAAACUCAAGCAAAAUCUUGAUAAAUCAACAACAGCAGAUGGCAAAGCGUUUCAAUUGACAUAUGUACCUAAACAACUAUGCUUCUUUAAACAGGCUGAUCAUCUUCGCCAAGAAUUCGUGCAUCAAUUUUGUCGUCUCCUUACAAUUUCUCAGCAAGCUGAAUUUGUAGUUGCUCUCGAGGAACAUCUGCAUAAUCCGCAGCCUCGGAGCUCACUUUGA